CGAAGCACAAAGCGUCAGCUUCGACACCUCCUCUCCGCUUCUUGUCCAAGUCAACAUGAGUGCCCCCAUCCUCUCUAUCGACACGCAGCACGAGGACAUGAUCCACGACGCACAGCUGGACUACUACGGCAAGCGUCUGGCCACUUGCUCCUCUGACCGCACUAUUAAGGUUUACGACGUCGCGGGCGACGUGCAGAACAACGAGCAGAUCUUGACGGGCCACGAGGGCCCUGUGUGGCAAGUGUCGUGGGCGCACCCCAAGUUUGGCGUGCUGCUGGCGGCCUGCUCCUAUGACGGCAAGGUCAUCAUUUACCGCGAACAGAGCUUGAACCAGUGGACCCAGGCCUACGUCCACGCCUUCCACGAUUCCUCAGUCAACAGCAUCGCCUGGGCACCCCACGAAUACGGACUUGCACUCGCCUGCGCCUCUGCUGACGGAACUGUAUCCGUGCUCAGCUACUCGCCUGAGGGCUGGAGCGUGAGCCACUUUAAGGACAGCGCACUGGGUUGCAACGCUGUCAGCUGGGCUCCUUUUAACUCAGUGGGCUCGCAGGGUCCGUCCGGUCCCAUCCGCCGAGUAAUGACGGCUUCGUGUGACAAGACGAUCAAGAUCUGGAGCCUGCCGGAGGGUGAGACGGAGUGGACCAAGCAGGAGCUCAGCUCUGUUCCCGCACACAGUGACUGGGUGCGUGACGUUGCGUGGGCUCCGAGCACGGGACUGCCAGUGAACCUCAUUGCCAGUUGCUCAGAAGACAAGCACGUGUACAUCUGGUCGCAGACUGCCGAAGACAGUUCCUGGAAGCGCGAGCUGCUGCACACGUUCGACGCUCCUGUGUGGCGUGUGAGCUGGUCUGUCACUGGCAACGUGCUGGCUGUGUCUUCGGGCGACCACAAGGUCACGCUCUGGAAGGAGACUCUCGACAAGAAGUGGAUUCAAAUUUCGUCGGUGGACGAGGCUGGUGCCAUUCACAACGGCAACGAGUAG